UACCUUGACAUCAUAAUAGUAUUCUUAUUUUUUUUAUUGUUACGAAAAAUUUUGUGUGCACGCGCUGGGAAAUUCUAAACGAACUUGCCAAUCUUAUAGUUUUUUUUUAUAAUAAAAAUAAAUUAUUAAUUUCCCACAACGUCAAGUGUGCGAGUGUACAUGAAUGCGUUUGUUUUUCGCCACCCAGGGAAUGUAUGUAAGCCAGCUCGGGUUUGGUGGCUACGAAUAGAAAAUGUUACGCUUGAUUGUGAACAAUUGCGGGCGCAGUGAUAACAGUCGCCACUUACUCCAGCAAAUACAAAAAUUUCACAUCAACACACCUCUGGUGAGAAAGACUUUAAAAGAUGUCACACAAUUAAAGAACUUCCACAGCACAGUACGAAAAGCCGAAUUGAGAAGCAGUUGUCCAAAGUCCACCUCACAAUCUGCUAAAAAUGCAGCAAAAAUCAGAGCACUCCUGUUGGGCAGUGGUGGAGUUACGAUUGGUUUAGCAGCUCGCACUAUUUUUCAAAACAGCCGCAAUAAAGUGCAGUGUGAAGGAAAUCGAUUGGCGGGAGUCAUUCAAAAAACACUACAACAAGAAGAUGGAAAAUUCGAUUGGAGACGUUUUUGGACUUAUCUUGAACCCCAUUUAUGGGAGUUUCUAGGUGCAAUAGCGGCAGCCCUUGUUGUGGCUUUUAUCAAUAUACGCAUACCAAAUUUGUUGGGUGAUUUGAUAAACAUAUUAGCGCGAUAUGCCAACACUUACGUCAAGGAUCCCUUGAAUAAUUCCUUUUUUAAGGAUGUGAGCAAGCCUGCCUCAAAUCUACUUAGUUUAUAUGUGAUGCAAUCCGGUUUCACGUUCCUCUACAUCUACCUCUUAAGUCGUAUUGGCGAACAAAUGGCAGCUAAGUUGCGUCAGGAUCUUUUCCACCAAAUUAUUAUACAAGACAUUGAAUUUUUCGAUAAGAAUCGCACAGGUGAGCUGGUGAAUCGUUUGACAGCCGAUGUCCAAGAUUUCAAAGCGUGUUUCAAACAGUUUGUAUCGCAAGGCUUGCGCAGUGCAGCGCAACUGAUUGGUGGAGGCGUGUCGCUUUUUAUGAUAUCGCCUCAUAUGGCGGCGAUUGCACUGGCGUCGGUGCCAUGCGUUGUAAUGUUUAUGACAUAUUUGGGCAAGAAACUACGACACUUGAGUAAAAAUUCUCAAGCUCAAUCGGAGCGUGCAACAUCUGUGUGUGAAGAGGCAUUAUCGAAUGUACGCACGGUACGUUCGAGUGCUUGUGAAUAUCGUGAAAUGGAGCUGUUUGAACAUGAAACCAACGAGGCUGCCCAUUUAGCCCAAGAACUGGGCUAUGGUAUAGCUGUAUUCCAGGGAUUGACGAAUUUCUUCCUUAAUGGUUUAGUACUUUCAACUCUUUUUAUGGGUGGUCAUCUGAUGUCGACCGAAAGUUUAACGCCUGGUUCUCUAAUGGCUUUCUUAGUGGCAUCUCAAGGCGUGCAACGCUCCCUAGCCCAGGGAUCUGUGUUGUUGGGAACAAUGAUUCGGGGAAUGACUGCUGGAUCACGAGUAUUUGAGUAUUUGCAACUACAACCGAAAGUUGAGCUCUUGAGGGGCUAUGAAAUUCCUGCAGAACGUUUAAAGGGUGAAAUACGUUUUGAAAACGUCUCAUUUGCCUAUCCCACUAGGCCUGAUCACAUUGUUCUUAAAAACUUUAGUCUGACACUUAGACCAGGUGAAACAAUUGCUUUAGUCGGGGCCAGUGGUUCUGGAAAAUCUACCAUAGCUUCGUUAGUUGAACGAUUCUAUGAACCCUCUUCGGGUACCAUCAAAAUCGAUGGAUAUAAAUUGGAAGACAUCUCGCCUCAUUGGUUACGCGGCAAUGUUUUGGGUUUCAUUGAACAACAGCCAGUAUUGUUUGCCACUACUAUUUUGGAAAAUAUACGCUACGGUAGACCGGGAUCCAAGGAAGAGGAUGUGUAUGCAGCUGCCAAAUUGUCUCAAUCGCAUGAUUUCGUUUCGGAUCUUCCUGAAGGCUACCAGACCAAUGUGGGUGAACGUGGAACACAAUUAAGUGGUGGUCAACGUCAGCGCAUUGCUAUAGCCCGUGCUCUCUUGAAAAAUCCAAGGGUUUUAAUACUUGAUGAAGCCACAAGUGCUUUAGAUGCUACGAGUGAGGCUGAAGUCCAGAAGGCAUUAGAUACAGCUGUUUUAAAUCGCACUACAUUAGUUAUAGCACAUCGUCUGUCUACCAUACGCAACGCUGAUCUUAUAGUUGUGCUAGACAAAGGAUGCGUAGUGGAGACUGGAAAACACGAUGAACUUAUGGCUAAGCGUGGACUUUACUACGAUUUAGUGCGACAACAGGAAAGACAUGGUAAAAUGGAAGAGAUUUCUCUCACAUCCCAAAAUAAUGUCGACAAUGAAAAUGCCAGAGAAACGUUUAACAGUAACACCAACAGUAGCAGUAUAAAUAGUCCUAUUGAUAUUAAAAGCCAACCAGAAAAAUCUUCUAUUGAUUUUCAAAAUACUGCCGACAAUGUUAACGCCAGUCGUAGAAAUAAUAGUGAUGCCGGUAGUGAUUUCAAAACUCAACAACGUGCUAAUAUGACACAGGGUUAACAAUUCUACCCUUAGACAAUAAUAAUACAAUUUAGUGAAUAUUAACAUUUUUUUUCUUAUUUUUUAAGUUCUAAAUUACAUUUUAUUUUUACUUUAAUCUAUCGAUCCUUAAUUUCCUUUUUUGAUUUUAAUUUCAUGUAUUUAAAAAUAUGUAAAAUUUUAAAUGAAUUAAAAAAAGUAAAGUGCAGAAGUUUUUACUUAUACUAGAAAAAUAUAUCAUAAUAAAUUGUUGGCCAGUUGUUAAAAUUGAAAA